CCCAGUCGGAAGUCCGCGUGCUCCGCGUGGGGAAGCGAAGGUGCCCCCUUUUUUUCCCGCCGCAGCCCAAGGCGCGAACCGGUGUUCCGGCGUGCGUGCGUGCGCGAGGUGAAGCACGCGGCGUGCUGGUGGAUCGCCGGCGUUUCGUCGCUGUUUACGUGCCAGUUCUGCACGAAGCUGAGGCAGCCACGUCACUGGGAGAUAAAAGCACACCAUUGGGGUAAAGGCGUCGUCUUCCUCGACUCCGCACUGAAAUGGACUCCCUCUGAGUGAAUCUGUUUUCGCUGCUCACAGUAUUUCUUCCGGACAGUCGCUACGGCGAAACCCCAACAGUUGAACGUUGCACAGUGCAAUGACAAGCGAAAGACUCCCAUUCUCUACAGCAUAGUAGAUGGAGAAAAAGAAGCAGAUAUGGCGUUGCGAAAAGUGGGCUCACCACGCCUCGAAAGAAAAACCGACUGUGGCUUGAAAAGAUAUCAACUGCCAACUCGUGGCUGAUAUAUGCAGCGAGCGUCCCGAGAAAAUUCGCAGACAUUGCUACACCGAGCAGGAUUUAGGAGGAGAUAUAUCGGAAGGCCAAUCGAGUUCUCUAAGAGAUGUCGACUGCUAUGUCCUUCUGCCUUCGCCUGUUCAAAACCACGUUAUAGACUAUGUGAAAAGUUCAUUGGGACGCGGUGUUGGACGACUCUCAACAAAUGUUCCUGCCCUGAAAGGUUCUAGAAGCUCAUUCGUUGUGAGUGCCGAGGACUGCGGACGCCUAAGGUCUCCACGCUCUCACCGUUUAUGCCGGCCGCUGGCGAAACUCUUCGGAGACAGUGAAUGACGCUCGUUCUGCUUGGAACUCGAAUGCGAAACAGUGAUGUGCUUUGAAUUGGAGUGAACCGAUUGUGGUGUGCACGAUGAAGAGCAACAACAAGGCCCGCUUUCUUCUUCUACUGCUCGCCUCGCUUGCCGACAGCUCAUGGGCCUCCACAUCCGGCCAGGGUCCCCGGUUCGUUCGAGAACCGCCGCCCCGGCUUCGCUUCCACAACAGCACGGGAGGCAGCCUCGAGUGCUCGACCCGCGGCCACCCCACGCCGGAACUCCGAUGGCUCGCCCUGGACGACACCGGAGUAGUUCCCGGGACGCCCGCACUCGACCUGCCAGGCCUACGCCGAGUGCGAGCCGACGGGUCGCUGGAGUUCCUUCCGUUUCGCGCCGACCAGUAUCGACAGGACGUACACUCGGCCACCUAUCGCUGUCUCGCCUCCAACCGCAUCGGGGUGAUCGGCAGCAGGGACGUGCACGUUCGCGCCGUUGUGCAGCACCCGUACAAGCCACAGGUGUACGACGAGUUCGUCAUCGCCGGCAACACCGCUGUCUUCCGCUGCAGCGUCCCGAGCUUCGUGCGAGACUUCCUGGAGUUCUUCGCGUGGAUACGAGACGACGGCACGGUCAUCACCAGCAGCUUAGAGAAAGGACGGUACAGCAUCUUGCCCACUGGGGAGCUUUACGUCCGACACGUGGAGUCUGGAGAUCGCCUGCGCAGCUAUCGCUGCAGAACGAGGCACAAGCUGACCAACGAGGUCGUGACGAGCGCCUCGUCAGGCAGGCUCAUCAUUCAAGAACCUCAGGGAGCUGCGUCUCCCAAGAUCACCGACAGCCACCCUUUUGUCCAUGCUGUCGAGGGGCAGGACGCUAUUGAACUGGCCUGUGCAGCUCAGGGCUAUCCAAUUCCAUCUUACCGUUGGUACAGAGAGCUUGGUGGUCGGCUGCUGGACUUGACUCGCGACCUGCGGACAACGCAGACGGAAGGCUCUCUCCUGCUGUCAGCGCCGCUGGUCAAGGACAGCGGGAAAUAUUUCUGCGUCGUCAACAACAGCGUCGGCGAGGAACAAGUCCGUACUACUCUUUCCGUUACCGCACCGCUGAAGGCCGAGCUGUUCCCGGCGGUGCAGACGGCCGACGUUGGCCAGCCGGCCGUGUUUAACUGCACGGUGACCGGGCACCCCGUGCGGUCGUUGUCCUGGUACAAGGACCAGCGGCCCCUGGAGGCCAGCGCCCGAGUCUCGUUCCUCGCCACGGGCAUGCUGCGCAUAAGCACCGUGCUCAGAGAAGACGCCGGCAUGUACCAGUGCUACGUGCACAAUGAGGCCGACUCAGCGCAGGGAUCAGCGGAGCUGCGACUUGGUGACGUGGCACCCUUCCUGACAUCCGUGUUCGACGAGCAGACACUGCAGCCCGGCGCGUCGGUUUCUCUCCGCUGUUCGGCGGCGGGAAACCCGCUGCCGCAGGUCACCUGGACUCUGGACGACGCGCCGGUGCCGGACUUCCACCGCUUCCGCGUGGGCGACUUCGUCACGGCCGACUCCGUGGUCGUCAGCUUCGUCAACGUCACCGAGCUGCGGGUCGAGGAUGGCGGCCUGUACGCCUGCGCCGCGGCGAACGCCGUCGGCGAAGCCACUCAUGGCGCCCGCGUGAACGUCCACGGCCCUCCGGUCAUUCGGCCCAUGAACAACAUCUCGGUGGUCGCCGGCACGACGCUGAGGGUGGUCUGCCCUGUGGCGGGCUACCCCAUACACAGCGUCACCUGGUUCAAAGGCGAUGCCCAGCUGCCGACCAACCACCGACAGCAGAUAGCGCAGAGCUCGCUCAGCGUGCACAACGUGCAGCGGGCCUCCGAUGAGGGCGAAUACUCCUGCCUGGCCCGCAGCGGGAACCUCUCGGCGCGUGGCAACACCUUCGUCAGGGUCCGAGUGCCUCCAGUUAUCGACAGCCAGAUGCUUCCGGACGUGCUGACGGCGAAUGAAGGCAUGAAUGUGAAGAUGCUGUGCAGCGUGGUCCAGGGGGACCCACCUAUCACUUUGCGCUGGACGCGUGGUGGUCGCGCCGUGGCGCGAAGUGCCUCGGUGUCCCUACAGAGCCUCGAGGACUCCUCCGUGCUGACUAUGAAAGGCGUCUCCAUGCGGGACUCCGGAAACUACACGUGCGAGGCGUCCAACAGGGCAUUAGCCGUGAACCGGACCGUUUCCCUUGUCGUCAACGUGCCGCCCAUGUGGACGACCGAACCAUCCAACGGCAACGUGGUUCUCGGUGGCAUCGCAGCUCUGCACUGCGCCGCCGAUGGAUUCCCCACGCCUCGCAUCGACUGGAAGAGGGCGCAAGGCAGUGAACCACGGAACUUUCGUCUCGUCUCCGGCAGCUACCGAAUUCACGUACACACAAACGGCACAUUGGUCGUCCAAGACGCUGAGCUGGCGGACGGAGGAUACUAUCUCUGUGAAGCGCACAACGGCAUUGGAGUUGGCCUCAGCCGUGUUGUCACACUAGCCGUGAACGUGCCCCCGAGCUUUCCUUCGAAGUUUACCAGCCAGAACGUGAAGAGAGGACAGGAUACGGUGCUGCGCUGUGAAGCCGCAGGUGACCCAGACAUGACCAUCACGUGGGAGAAGGACAAACACCCGCUGGACCUCACUGCAGAAAAGAGGUACACCCUGCUAAGUGACUCAUCGGUGGGAAAAAUGACUUCGACACUUACGAUCAAGUCGGCUGAAAGAAGAGACGGUGCCCUCUACACCUGCAUAGUGAGAAACCCAUACGGAUCGGACGAGACAAACAUACAACUUCUGGUACAAGAAGCCCCGUCUUCGCCUGCUGAUGUCCGCGCCAUGAAGAUAUCAAGUCGGACGAUAGAGAUAACUUGGUCGCCUUCGUACAAUGGGAACAGCCCCAUUCGGAAAUACCACGUACACUUCACGAACACAAGCUGGGACGUCGCCGGUGCGACCUCGCACCUUUCCGUUCCUGGCACCGAAAACAGGGCCAUUGUUUACAAGCUGCUGCCAAUGACAACCUACAGGAUAAAGGUGGUCGCGGAAAAUGCUUUGGGACACAGUGCCCCAAGCGAUACGCUUGAAGUGACGACCAGUGAGGAAGCCCCUGGUGGUCCACCGCUUCACGUCAAAGUUGAAGCCACUGGUUCCCAAUCCCUAAAAGUGACGUGGGAGCCCCCUCGCAAGGAGCUUCAGCAUGGCAAAAUACAAGGCUACUACAUCGGCUACAAGGAGGAAGACCGUGACGACGCCGAGUUCCAGUACAAGAAUGUGGAAGCCCUGGAGACCGGCGGUUCUCGGCGCCACCACAUGAGCCACCUGACCAAUCUCAAGCGCAAGACCAGCUACGUGGUCAAGGUGCAGGCCUACAACAGCGAAGGGGCAGGGCCUAUGUCUGACGACAUGAGCGCCACCACUCUAGAAGCAGUACCACCAACAUCACCGGCGCUGAUAUUCAAGACCAGUACAACCAGUUCGGUCACUGUUGAGUGGGAACGUUAUCCAGACGAUAUGACAGUAAGAGACUACGUGCUCCACUAUCAAGCCGAAGGUGGCGACUGGCAGCAAAAGGCCAUUAGCACUAGCUCUAACAAGUUCACGCUAGAAGGACUCAAGUGCGGCUCGCUCUACAGUUUCUACAUGACUGCCACCAAUAGCCUCGGUACUGCAGAGCCACGUGACAUCAUUUACGGCAGAACCAGAGGCGCAGCGCCGGUCUCUUCAAAGCUGGAGAACUUCAUCGACGUGAACGCCACCUCGGCGACAUUGAGGCUGGACAUGUGGCAGUCGGGUGGCUGCCCGAUACUCCACUUCGUGGUACACCUUAGGCCGAGUGGCGGCCCUGGACAAACGCAGCAGCAGCAGCAACCCUGGAAGCUCGUGUCGGACGCCAUUCCGGGCCAUCAAAGGCACUUCGAGUUGCGCCACCUGUCGCCCGGCAGGGAGUACGAAGUUCGGGUCAGCGCCCACUCGGAUGCCGGCACCACCGAGGCGGACUACUCCAUCAGGACGCUCAACAGGUCGCACAUGGCCGGAGUCAGCUCCACCCAUGGGUCGUCGGGUGUCCAGGCAGGAGACGGUGGCGACGUGCCACUCUACCGAAACCUGUCCAUUUUGCUUCCGGUCAGCGUGUCCGUGCUCGUGCUCAUCGUCGUGGUCGCUCUGGUCAUGGUCUGCUUCCGGCGGCAGAACGACGCCUACAGCGCUGCAGGUACCGGCGAUGAGAACCACAUGGACGAUCCGCUGCGCAAGUGUCAGGGCAGCACGGACUCGAUGAGCAUGACCGAGUUCUGCGCUAAGAAGGAGCGCCUGCAGCAGCAAGACGCCUACGGGAAGGCCACUUCCUACUACGCCUCGCCCACCCGGAAACCCGUUCCUGUCGCAUCGGGAUCGAGGCGAGGUCGGCGAGGGGAGGACGGCCACGAGUACGCCGAGCCUUACGCCGCGCUGCAGGCCCAGCAGCAGCGGCUACUGGCGGACGCGGACUGCGCUGCCGCAGUGGCGAUAGCAUACCGGGCACGGUGCGAGGGUGCCCCUUACGCAACAAUCAAGCGCAGUCCACCUAGGUCUCAUAUAGCGGGUUACUGUCAAGAGAUAUCUUGACAAUGGGACACCUCAAGCAACGGGGUGGUGCAAUGCUUGGUGUAAGCCAAGAAGGGUUGGGCGACGGCGAUCGAGUCACCAACAACCCGACCAAUGCUAUUCUCGACGGCGUGAUGAAGACCGACGGCUUCCUCGUCGUGUUGUACUCAGCAAGCCACCCUAUGGACGCCUCGCUCUCUCGAGGAGCCAUGCCGAUGUCUGUGUUACUGACAAAACCUCUUCCGCGUCACGGUACAAAGGACAGCGCAUUUCGUGUGUUUCCAUCAACUUCAGUGGCAUUCCAUUCUGUUGAGUGCUGCCGCUGGCUCGGACGGACCAGAGCGAUGUGGUACUGUAAUUUGAUAUGUGAUGCGUAACUCACGCAGUGAGGCUGAUUGUCUGUUUGAUAUCAUCCCUUGCGAUGGUCCCAUCGUAUUUAUUGGUUACAUUGUUUUGGUUUUUGGGCAUCAUCAUUUCUAAGAACCAGUGUUGUGCGCUCAUAUAGGCAUUAUUUAUUUCUGAUAAUUAUACCAGUGUUACAAGGAAAGAUCUCUGAGUUGCUCGUUAGUCAUUGUUGAUGUCAUGCUGCUUAGAAAAACAGCACCAUACGAGGCCCUAUUCUUAGAAAAAAAAUGAACUGCCUACUAAAAAUGGCGCUUACACAUUCCCAUAACUUUGUUCGUUUUCUGUCUUUCAUUUUUCAUACAGAGAUACUUUGGAAUGGGGAAAUUGUAGGAAUGCGGAAGACAUAGGAAUUACGAUUCAGUAUAAGGUUUUCCAUUCUAGAACAUAUGCACAUAUGUGUAGGUGAAGGUGUUAUACACGAGAACGUGACAUGCGUCCAAUGGACCAUCACAGUGUUGUGGUACUUACGGGAAUAUGAGGUGUUCCCUUUCUAUCCGCACGUUGUUAGCCCCGAAAAUCUUACAUGAGGUCCCAUUUUGAGGAGAACAUAAGAAUCCCAAACAUUGUUACUGUUACACACAAUCGUGGCACUCUUUGUUGUCUGCUCGGUGUUUUGAAUAUCGUUCUCUCCGAAUGACAACAAAACUGUCUGUUGCGGUAUACGUUAGUGAAAGCGAAUAUCUCUGUCCAAAACACGAGAACUUCUUUUGGCUGUGAUAAAAGUUACCUUUCCAGUAUGUCGUAACAAAUAAGGGUGAAUAUAUCGCGUCGCCAGGUCUCACGCCAUGGAGGAAACAAAGAACUAGGAAAAAGCAUUGCGCAACACGAAUGAAGCCAGAGUAUCGGCCCAAUACGUGAUCGUCAUGUCAGAGCGCGCGGUAGGUUUUAGUGCUCCCGCUCUGCAGGCAGAGCAACGGCAGGACCGCCGCAACAAGUGCGCCUUGAUUAAAAACUACCGGGUACCAAACGUUCCCGGCCAAUGCGAAAGACUCCCUGUAUUCCGCAAAGGACGUUAACGGACAAGCUGUAUGUAUGUCGCAUUCAGAGUUGGUUUGUGCUCAUAAAACUUUGAGUUCUGCUAUGACGUCACGUGUUUGUUUGUACGUGUGCUAAAGCUUUCUCCUCGCUAGAAUGCGAGGAGAAAGCUUAAAUUAGUUGUUCUAGGUGUCCAUUAAAAGUAAUCUUCUUCAGUUUAUUGGUCGAAAUGCAGUCUUCAAAUGCAAGCUGGAACUUCCAGUGGCCCUGAAGGCAGGAAAAACGAAAAUAAAGCAAGACAAGCAUUGGAUACCUAGUAAACAUGUCAGGAUAGAAAUCAGUGCUUCAUCAGACAUGUUUAUCUCGCCGAACUCCGGUAAUAAUAGCACAUUAUUUUAAUUUAGUUAACUUGGAUUGGAGUAAUUACGCUUGUUUUAUGAAUUGCUGUGUUGAACCCUGAUACAAUUUGUGAGUGCGAGUGCUUUCGGUUUUUGUGCCGCCUUUCUAAGAUUGAAGAUGCCACUUAAAGUUCACUGGGAAAUACUUACAGGUGGGAGAGUGAAUUUUCCCAAUAUAACAAUUUCCCCAAAAAAUGCUCAUACUGCUUGCCCAUCAAAUUAUUUUACAUUUGCAGGUAUAAAGCCCCUUUAACUAAACAUAAAAAUGUUAUUGCUUCAUUGAACUUGAGAUUCGCUGAACCUGAGAUUCACUUGAAAACGACGUUCAUUCUCUUUUCAUGUGCUUUGCUGCUGUCAAUGUGCACUGCAAGCAAAUACAUAUGACAAAAAUAGUUUGUUCCUUCAAAGGCAAAUGAUACGUGUUUUCAAAGAUACCGCCAGACCAGUUACGUGCGUCACAUUGACGUCAUGCUACUGUUUUUACAUAUACGCUGGCGCAACUGCGGUAAAUUGUUCACAGCGCAAGGUGCAACAUUUCUUGAAAUGCAGUGAUGAACAUUUCUUGAAAUGCAGUGAGACAGCUGCAAGUUUUGUCUCUGUUGCAACUUCUUAUUGACGGGCUUGCGUUACUAUAGCGAUGGGGAUUUUGAUCAAGAAUAGAUUUAACCUAAAUUUUUACUGCAUCUGGAAUUUGUUGUGUAGUACGCAAUAACUUCCGUUCAAUUAAACAUUGCCAUUGUUCCUCGUUGCCUGAGACAGCGUUAUUGAAAGAUCUCCUCUGCAGAGUGUUAUUUCAUGAUGUGUUUAAAUUCAACAGAUCCAAUGUCUCGCAUGCAUGUCAUGUUUGGAUUGAUGCGUACUGCAAAUUUCGACAACCCACAUCACGGAAUAUGUCUAUAAACAAAGCCUUGCAAAUGAUUCAAAUGAAAUAUCAAGAUUGUUUUUAAGUAAUAGGAGCAUGACACAUUGUGUCUGCAUUAAAACAUGUUUUACAUUCAUAAACGAAUGACAGCACAAAGAAAAGACGAAGUCCAAAUUGAAGAAGUGAUAGGAUAAUGUUUUUUCAUAUCCUGACACCUCGCAACACAAGCAUACCUUUCUCUGUGCUCUAACUCAGAAACAUUGUCUUUUCUUCUAUUCAAGACAUCACUGUCACUAUUAUCUUAUGCGAAAAACAGCUUAUAAAAUAAAAAGGGCAGGAAUCUGUCGACAAAGUUCUGUCUUUUGUGCUUUGCAAGCACUAAAUUUGAACAAUAAAUGAGCGCUCCGAUAAUGCUCCCAGUGGUUUAAAUACUUACUCCGGUCACGUAACUACUUCUCAUAUUUCUAGUAAAGUGCCACAAGUUAGGAUACCUGCAUCCAGGUAAAAUCGGGCAGCUUUUAGUAGUAACUGAAUACGAUAUAUUUGCAGAAUGCUUUCCUCAUUAAAAUUUUCUCCAAGGAUUGCUGACAAAGAACCUGAUGUUUACAAUUUCCAUUUACGCUUAAAAUGGUGGGCAAAAUCAGUUUCGGGGAACGCUCGCUUAUUGAUUCAUGAAAGGAAUGCUUAAUGAAGUUCAUAUUUUUUAGAAACAGGAUGUCUUAAAUAAGUCACACUUGUUUCUCUGCUGUUUUGUGCGAUUCCGAUAAGUGCAUUUGCACAGUUCGUCACUUUGCGCCCCUGUGAUGUCAAUUUGGCGGCACUGAUUUUUUUUCCUGGCAAUUUCUUUCAGCGAGCGCAGGUGAGAAAAUUCCGAGGGGUAGUUUCGACAUUUCAACAUUCCAUUGUUUCUGCAAGCGUUCCACUACUAUCACAGCAUUGCGGUAUCAUAUCUGUCAUCAGCAUUGAUCUCUUGCCACAUGAAACUGAUUACAUGCACACCAAGAUGUACAUAUAUGCCUGACGACGGGUGUCUGUUCGGUUUGGUCGCGAUCUUGAAAUGGGUGCUAGAGCUAACCCCUGGAGAGAAGAGAAAAAAAAACGUUGAUAUCUUGUUUGUGGCGUAAGACAUGUAUAGGAAACUGCUCGAA